AGCUGAGGUCUGUAUCUGUAGACCUGAAUGUUGAUCCUUCUCUACAAAUUGAUAUACCUGAUGCCCUAAGUGAAAAGGACAGAGUGAAGUUUACCGUGCACACCAAGACUACACUGCCAGCUUUUCAAAGCCCUGAGUUUUCAGUUACAAGGCAGCAUGAAGACUUUGUGUGGCUGCAUGAUACGCUCACUGAAACUGAAGAGUAUGCAGGACUCAUUCACCUUCAAAGCCUGACUUUGAUGGUCCCAGAGAGAAGAUGCAGAAGCUAGGGGAAGGAGAAGUGUCUAUGACAAAAGAAGAGUUUGCCAAAAUGAAGCAAGAGCUAGAAGCUGAAUACCUCGCUGUCUUCAAGAAGACUGUAUCAUCACAUGAAAUCUUUCUGCAGAGGAUUUCCUCUCAUCCUGUGCUCAGCAAGGAUCGCAAUUUUCAUGUUUUCCUGGAGUAUGACCAAGAUCUGAGUGUUCGGAGAAAAAACACAAAGGAGAUGUUUGGUGGCUUUUUGAAAAGUGUGGUGAAGAGUGCUGAUGAAGUUCUCUUCUCUGGAGUCAAGGAAGUAGAAGAUUUUUUUGAGCAAGAGAAGACUUUUCUUGUAAACUACUACAACAGAAUCAAGGAUGCAUGUGCAAAAGCAGAUAAGAUGACAAGAUCCCAUAAAAAUGUUGCAGAUGACUAUAUUUAUACUUCCGCUUGCUUGAACAGCCUGGCAUUAGAAGAACCUACAGUUAUCAAAAAGUACCUGUUGAAAGUUGCUGAGCUCUUUGAGAAGCUCAGGAAGGUAGAGAGUAGAGUUUCGUCAGAUGAAGACUUAAAGCUCUCUGAACUGUUGAGAUACUAUAUGCUCAAUAUAGAAGCUGCUAAGGAUCUUCUGUACAGACGUACAAGGGCUCUUGUUGACUAUGAAAACUCAAACAAAGCUCUAGAUAAAGCCAGACUAAAGAGCAAGGAUGUCAGACUGGCUGAGGCACAUCAACAGGAUUGUUGUCAGAAGUUUGAGAAGAUUUCAGAGUCUGCAAAACAAGAACUGAUGAGCUUCAAACAGAAGAGAAUAUCAGCAUUCCGCAAAAACCUGAUUGAAAUGGCAGAACUGGAAAUAAAACAUGCAAAGAACAAUGUGUCUCUCCUGCAAAGCUGUAUUGACUUGUUCAAGAACUAAGGCGCCUUAUUCUGAAAAUGUGACAAAAGCAUCAAUUGCA